ACCCUACCCCACGAGCCACUACGGCUUCAGCUGUGUGUCGUAAGAGUUGUUUGACGUUAAAUGGUACACAAGUUCCUGGCAUCUCAGCGCAGCCGGAUUGUGGGAGGAGGUGUUUUUUUCUGCUGAACGGAGGAACUUGACGUUGUUUACAUUAUUAGAUUAUGGAUAAUACAGAAGCUACCAGAAGACUGCACACCAAAAAGCAAACCUUGGACGAUGCAUAUGCCGCCCCUGCGAAUUUCUUGGAAAUUGACGUGAUAAAUCCCAUUACUCACGGUGUCGCAAAAAAAAGAUACACGGAUUAUGAAGUUCGGAUGAGGACAAAUUUACCAGUGUUUAAGAUCAAAGAGUCAAGCGUGAGACGAAGGUACUCAGACUUUGAAUGGUUGAGGAGUGAAUUGGAGAGGGACAGCAAAAUUGUGGUUCCACCUCUGCCUGGAAAGGCUAUCAAACGUCAACUCCCAUUCAGAAAUGAUGAUGGUAUCUAUGAUGAAGAUUUCAUUGAGGACAGGCGUAAAGCCCUGGAAGGAUUUGUGAACAAAAUUGCCGGACAUCCAUUAGCACAGAAUGAACGCUGCCUCCACAUGUUUCUACAAGAGCCAGUUAUUGAUAAGAAUUAUGUUCCAGGCAAGAUUCGACCCAACUAACCAGGACUUUGUUACAUCAGAUGAAAAAUCAUGUCACUCAUUCCUUCAUUACCUGUUUCUCUUUAACACCCUCCCCCCUUCUGUUGGUUAUAAUGAAUUUAUCGUGAAUACAAUCGUAGCGUCUUUAAAUACUUUCAAAUGCUAUGAAUUUGUUAAAUCUGAACUGUUCCGUCACCAUCAUUACACUGCAUCAA